AUGAAGGAGAAGGAGGAACCAGUCAAACCUAGCUCACUUUGUGCUUUGCCUAAGAUUUCUCGCCAUAUCGACCCAACCAAGCCGCGAACCGAUACGCUGAAACCUGAUGGCUCUGAGGACAACAACGACCGAGUAGACAUUGGACCGACUCCGUUGGCGUUCAGUGAGUGGGAAAAGCUGGGUCUGGAAUUGCCCCAUCUACCAAGAAUGCGUGCCUAUCGGUUGCAGCGCAUUCGCGAGCAAUUGAUUGCUCGCGACCUGGGUGGCAUCCUCCUAUUCGAUCCACUCAACAUUCGUUAUGCCACUGACACUACAAACAUGCAGCUUUGGACCGCACAUAACCCUGCCCGCGCCUGUUUCGUCGCGGCAGGCGGUUACCUGGUGCUAUGGGAUUUUCAUGGCUGCGAGCACCUCUCUUCCCAUCUACCUUUGAUCAAUGAAGUACGCGCUGGUGCUUCAUUCUUCUACUUCGAAACCGGUCCCCGUACCAAUGAACACGCUCAGAAUUUCGGUGCACAAGUCGAUGAACUACUCCGAAAUCAUGCUGGAGACAACCGUCGGCUAGCUGUGGACCGUAUCGAAGCUGCGGGACUACGUGCCCUCGAAGCCAAGGGGAUAGAAGUUUGUGACGGGCAGGCUGUUACUGAGCACGCGCGUAUGAUCAAGGGCCCUGACGAGAUCCGAGCUAUGCGGUGUGCCAUUGCCUCCUGUGAAGCCGCCCUCGCCGAAGUGCGCCAGGCAAUACACGCUGGCGUUACCGAGAACGACGUCUGGGCCGCUCUACAUGCUGGAAAUAUCCGUCGUGGAGGUGAAUGGAUUGAAACUCGUCUUCUUAGUUCAGGACCUCGCACCAACCCCUGGUAUCAAGAAUGCGGCCCCCGGGUCCUUCACGAUGGUGACUUGGUGGCUCUCGACACUGACCUUGUUGGUGUAUACGGUAUGUGCGUGGAUAUGUCGCGUACCUGGAUCUGCGGUGACGUCGAGCCUACGGCAGAACAGAAACGUCUUUAUCGCAUCGCACUUGAACACAUCAAUGCCAAUGCCGAGAUGGUCAAGCCCGGGGUGAAAUUCUCGGAACUGACACAGAAUGGACAUCGUCUGCCUGAAAGCUGCCGCGCUCAGCGCUAUGGCGUCAUGUUUCACGGUGUAGGGCUCUGCGACGAGUAUCCAUGCAUUCGCUACCCUGAGGACUUUAACUCAUAUGGUUAUGAAGGAGAACUCCAAGAGGGCAUGGUGCUGUGCGUUGAGGCUUAUGUUGGUGAAGUUGACGGCAAGGACGGAGUAAAGUUGGAGAACCAGCUGCUUGUGACCAAUACGGGCUAUGAACUACUGACUCAUUACCCAUUUGAAGAAAGUUUCUUACGCGACUGA